AUGAAGAAUGAUUCGUCUGAAAAGUUCUAUGCUUGGUUCGAUGUUUCAAACAAUCUCGAUGAUGAACGCGGUUGGAUACGAAAAUACAUUGAAUUUGACCGAACAAAACGUACAUUGACAUUGUAUUCUAAUGAUUGUAUAAAUUCAAAAAAACAAGCACCAAUUGUUGAUUUAAAUAGUGAAAUGAUAUCAUUAUCAUCAUCAGCAACAUCUUCAUCGUCAUCAUCAUCACUUUGUACUUCAUCAAUGUUAACUAAUAAUAAUGGUGGACGUUCAUCAGUUAAUGUUCGUCGACCAAGUUAUAUGUUACAAUCAUUAUCAGAAUAUAUGUCACCAUCAUUAUCAAAAGCAUUUUUUUCUUCAUCAACAACUAAUGAUGAUAAAACAGCUACAUUAACUCCAUUGAAUAAUAAUCCAAUACAAUCAAACACUGUUCGUCUUGCAUCAUUCACGGAUUCAUUAUCUGAUCGUUUAUCAUCAAUAACAACAGCGACAAAUCGACAAUCAAAAACAAAAUUUUCAUAUUUUUUUGGUCGAUCAUCAACAAAUAAUAAAUCAAAUACAAAUCAACAAUCAUUACCAUCACCAAAUAUAAAUAUUGAUUCAUUAAAACGUACUAAAAGUGUUACAAAACUGGAACGACAAAAACGUCUUCAGCAAUCUUUAUUAAAUUCAAAUAAUCAACAAACAUCUCCAUCUCUUCAUAACAUUCCAUCAAAUCGUUCUCGUUCACAUGAAUCUCUAUUUGUAGUAAACAGUGGUUCUGGUAAUGGUCCAUUAGGAUCAAUAUCAACAACAAUUCCAAGUCAAUUAGUAUUAGAUAAUUGUCAUAUACGUCGUUUACAUCCAAGUAUAUUACAACAAACAUCAUGUGAUACACAUGAUGAACAAUUAUCAUCAUAUCAAUGUAUUCAAAUAGGAAAUAAAAAUGAAAAAAAAAAUUAUUAUUUACGCUCAAAACAAUAUUCAACUGAUAGUUCAUUAUUAGUUAAUAAUUUACGACAAACAUCAUUAGAAACAAUAACAAAUUUAUGUGGUUUAAGAACAGAUAAUUCAUUAGAUAUUUGGAUUUUAGAAGCUAAAGGUUUACCUGUUAAGAAAAAAUAUUAUGUUAAAAUAUAUCUUGAUGAUGAUAUUUAUGGUAAAACAACAAGUAAAGAACGACGUGAAAUACUUUUUUGGGGAGAAAAUUUUACAUUUAAAGAUAUACCAGAAGGUUGCUCAAUACUUCGAUGUAAAAUUUAUCGUGAAAUUGAACGACGUAAACAAAAACAAAUUAAUGGAAAUGAUAUUGAUUUAAUUGGUUAUGUUGAUAUUCUAUUAUCAACAAUAACUGGAAAUCAAUUUAUUGAACAAUGGUAUCCAUUACAAAUACCAUCUGGUUUACCUAUAACUGGAAAAGAUAAAUCACAAAGAUUACAAGAUGGAUCAUUUAAUAUUAGAAUUAAAGCUAAAUAUCAAGCGAUUGAAAUUUUACCUAUUGAAUCAUAUUUACAUUUACAAGAAUAUAUUCGACGAGAUUAUCUUCGACUUAUUAGAAUUCUUGAACCACAUAUUAGUUUACGAGAUAAAGAUGAAAUUGCGACAUCAUUAACCCGUAUUGCUCAAUCUCUUUCAUUUUCUACAUCAUUUCUUGUUGAUAUUGUUCAAGCUGAAAUUUUAUCAACACCUGAUAAUUCUUUAACAUUUCGUGGUAAUUCGAUUGCAACAAAAUCCAUGGAAGCAUAUAUGAAAUUAAUUGGCGAAACAUAUUUACGUGAAACUUUAACACGUUUUGUAACAGAUAUUGUUUCAUCAAAAAAUUCUAAUGAUAUAGAUUUAGAAGUUGAUCCAGGUCGUGUAUCAAAUCUUCAAAAUUUAGAAAGAAAUCAAAUAACAUUAAGAUUAUUAUGUGAAAAAAUUUGGUUAGAAAUUCAACAAUCACAUUCGUUAUUUCCUCAGGAAUUAAAACGUAUAUUUUGGAAACUUCGCCAAUUAUCAUCAUCUGAUGAAACAAUGUUUAAUUUAAUUAGUGGCUCGGUUUUUCUUCGUUUUCUUUGUCCAGCUAUUUUAUCACCAAAUUUAUUUGGUCUUACUCAAGAGUAUCCAAAUGAAAAAUCAUCUAGAAAAUUAACAUUAAUUGCUAAAACAUUACAAACAUUAGCAAAUUUUUCUAGAUUUGGUCCAAAAGAGUCUUAUAUGAAAUUUAUGAAUGAUUUUGUUGGUAAAGAAUCGGAAAAUAUGAGAAGAUUUUUAGCUCAGAUAUCUACAAUCGAUCAUGAUUAUGAUGAACCACGUUUUUCACAUAGAAAUAAUCCUCACGAUGACAAAUGUGAUAUUGAUUUAGAUCGAACUUGGAUCCACUCUACCCAAACUGUUCGAUCAAUUCAGAAAGUAUCCGACAUUUAG